AUGACUGAGGCAGAGUUAUACUAGCUGUACAAGGGGGUCUAUAUGCCUUCAUCUCUGCACCCUCCAGAAAACCUGAGGUUCUACGAAGAGUUUACGUUUCGCCCAGAUGAUAUCGUCAUUGCAACGUACCCCAAAAGUGGUACGACUUGGACGCAGGAGAUAGUCCCUCUGAUCAUGAGUGGAGGAGAUCCAGCCUCUGUUAAGACUCUCCCUACCUGGGACCGUGUUCCCUGGCUGGAGGAGACUCGGGCCUCCGUCCUUAACCUCGAAGAGAGGCCGUCUCCACGCAUGUUAACCACACACUUCCAGUACAACAUGAUGCCUCUGUCUUUCUUUGAAGUGAAGCCGCGGGUCAUCAAUGUGAUAAGAAACCCCAAAGAUGUGUUAACAUCUUACUUUUAUUAUCAUGGUAUGGCCUCCCACUUGGUCAACCCGGGCCCGCAGAGCGAGUUCCUCCACAUGUUCCUUGAAGGAAAAGUUAUGUAUGGUUCAUGGUUCGAUCAUGUGAAGAACUGGCUGAAUGCUGAAAAAAAAGGGAACAUAAUGUACAUCUCCUAUGAAGAGAUGAUAAUGGAUCUGAAGGACUGUGUGGCCAGAAUGGCUCAGUUCUUGCAGAAAUCUCUGGAACCUGAGGAGAUUGAGAAGAUAGCGGACCAAUGUUUGUUUAAGAACAUAAAGCUGAACAAAAUGUCCAACUACUCUACUGUUCCUCAGGAAAUCAUGGACCAGACAAAGUCUGAGUUUCUCAGGAAAGGAAUUGCUGGAGACUGGAAAAACCUACUAACACCGGCAGAAGCAGAGCACUUUGAUGCUGUUUACAAAGACAAAAUGAAAGAUGUGAAAUAUAAAUUUGUAUGGGAUUAA